CAAUAAUCAUAUAACAGCCGACGUCGGACUGCUCACAUUAAAAAAUGAGCAUUUCACGGUUUUCAGUUUUAUCUGACUCCGAAGAACUCACGACAAGAGCCAAGUCUUUCAAGCAUGGACGAACCCCCCUCCACCAGUUUACAUGGAGUUUUACUUCUUCAACGUUACCAAUCCCGAAGUGUUGUUGGCAGGAGGGAAGGCAUCUGUUCAACAGAUUGGACCUUAUACUUACAGAGCACAAGAAAAUGUAACUUUCCUGGAAAACGGAACCAAAGUUUAUGCCCUGAACCCCAAAACAUUUGUCUUUGAGCCCGAGAAGUCUGCUGGUAACCCUGAAGUUGACCUCGUCAGGACCAUCAACAUCCCACUUGUGGCUUUGAUGAAUGACAUGGAAACCUUUUCCUUUAUUCUGCGAACUGUGGUCUGUAUGUUUGUGGACAGCCUGAAUGUCAGCCUGUUCAUGACCCGCACUGUCCAUGAGAUCCUGUGGGGCUUUAAAGACCCUCUUCUAACGAAGAUCCACUCUUUGCAACCCGAAGUGGACGAAUAUUUUGGGCUGAUGUGGAAGAAAAACAGCCUUUACAAAGAGGGACUUGGGAGUAAUGAGAAGAUUGAAACAUGGAAUAGCCUGAGGAAAAUGUCGUGGUGGCCCUCCAGCCAGAGCAGCGUGAUCAGCGGAAUGGACGGCGCGGUCUUCCACCCCCUUAUCAACAAGAACGAGCUGCUGUACAUCUUUGCAGCUGAGCUCUGCCGUUCAAUCCACCUGACAUACAUGAAGGAGGUGGAGGUGAAGGGAGUUCGGGCUUACCGCUUUGCUCCCCCUGCCGACGUGCUCAUGAGCCUCAACAAUGCUGUCGCCUGCAUGCUGGAGAUGUGUCUUGGCACUGGGGUGCUGAAAGUUGGCGUUUGUCGAGAAGGACUUCCUAUCGUUAUGUCUUUCCCCCGCUUUUAUCAGGCGGACAAAGCGUACAUCGACACUGUGGAUGGGCUCAAACCGCAGAAGGAGUACCAUGAGACGUACCUGGACCUGCAGCCGACUUUAGGGGUUCCCAUUCGCUCCUGUAAGAGAACGCAGCUCAAUGUCCUUCUGAAGAGGUUCUCAGGCUUCAGAAACAUGAGGUACAUCCAGAAAACCGUAUUCCCCAUCUUGUUUGUCAGUGAGACAUCAACCAUUGAUGACGACUCAGCAGCACAGAUGAAAAAGACGAUCAGAAGCGGGCCGGUGUUUACCUUCAGCCCGACCCUACUUAACCCUGCUGACCCCUAGCUUCAGAGGAGCGUUAUCCAACAAUGUAUGUAUUGUGUAUUAAGCAUGGUUAGAUAACUCCAGCCAAGUGUGCAAGCUGCAUUUAGGCUUUGUGCAGCUAAAUCACAAUAAACAAUGAUAUUCAGUACAUAUAUUUUGACUAAUACAUGGUUGGAUUGUAAAAAUGUGAUUGUCUUAACUGGUGGAGAACAAAUCUGGGUCUCUUUCCUGUUUAAUAUAAAUGUUUCUCUGCUGCUUACGCAUGAGCUGAGUGAAUGGGUGAAUAACAUACUUCUGGAGCUUGAUGACAUCCUGAAAAUGUUACGCAAUAACUAACUCUGGUGUUGGAGCAGGGAAACCCCUAAAAUACGAGGAAUAGCAGCCCGCAAGGACCAAGAUUGGACAUCAGCCUUAACUUGAAUUUUUGUUGAAUUUUUUCCAUCUGUGUCAAAUUAAAAUUCAAGCACAUUCGUGAUUUAAGCCUGGGGUACACAGAAGACAGAUGCAUUGUGCCACGAAAGCGCUGCCGUUUUGGGGUCUCACAGGCAUCGCUGCGCCGCUGAGCGCUUCUUGGAAAGUCGCACGAUAGUCACAAUGGGCUAUGGGCAACGGUGGCACAGGAGUUAAGAGCUCGCCCCGUAAUCGGAAGGUUGCAGGUUCGAGCCCCACUCAGUCUGACGCUGUCGUUGUGUCCUUGGGCAAGACACUUAACCCACCUUGCCUGCUGGUGUUGGUCGGAGGGACCGGUGGCGCCAGUGCUCGGCAGCCUCGCCUCUGUCAGUGCGCCCCAGGCUAGCUGUGGCUACAUCGUAGCUCAUCGCCAACCAGGGUGUGAAUGUGUGAAUGACUGAUUGUGUUGUAAAGCGCCUUGGGGGGUUCCAGGACUCCAGAAGGCGCUAUAUCAAAUACAGGCCAUUUAUUUACGAGAAUAUUUUAAGAUCAAUAGCAGUAGUACUAGGAUCGUACAAGAUCUUCUGCUUCUCGACUUUAACAAUAAAAAGCUCCUUGUCCGUGCUUUGGCCGUUGGGUUUGUGCCGUAAAGCCAUUCUGCGUCCUAAUGUCUGUUGUAAACAGCCACAUCACGGCACUUGAAAUAGAACUGGCGCCUAUCUUCAGCGUCAUGGUGUGGACCGGCGUUUCUGGGAUGUGGUGUUGUGCUCCCCA